AGUGUUUUGCGGCUUCGCGCUGAGGAAAAAAUGCUGACCAGAUAAAUCUGAGCCGUAUGGAUUAUGACGAUAGAACAUUGUUUAGCUUAAGUUAGUCCACAUUCUAAUCCCUGCUGUGAUGGUUUUGAUUUGUAUUGUCGUAUGCCGGUGUGAUGUGUGUCUGUGGCAAUGUUGUGUACAUGAUAUUAUAAAUAAAUACUCUUAGAAACAUAAAUUACGGGUUUAGGCUCCAAAUGUAUUACGUCAUAACCGUUUAUUUUUAAAUUUGUUUAAACGUUUCCCCAAUUAACAAAAAAGGGGAGCCAAAGCAAUUUGACAGUUAGACUCGACCACUGUGAUUGUUCGGUUCACAGUGUUGUUUACCUUCCUUGGCAAAGGAUCAUUGCACGGGAGAGGUUACGUAACGAAAAGCGCGUGGCUCUAAUCGCGACGAUCGACUUAUUAUACAAGUUUAAGUAGCUCAAGUGGAAGAAAAGUUGCCGUCUUCCAGCAUUGAGCCUACAGGGGAAGAAAUUACAUUGCAGUAAGAGUAAACUGUUCAGUAACCAGUAACAACACCGUCACAAUGGCAAGCAGAAUACCCUCCCCUGCCGAUGAGACGCCAAAGCUCACCGAGUACAACCUAUCCGCCCGUCAGGCCGGCAUGGGCAAGUUGCCCAAGUUUUCCGGCACACCCGAAGAUUGGCCCCUGUUCUACGGACUGUUCCGCUACUCGACCAAAGCGUGUGGCUUUACCGACUGCGAGAAUAUGCUGCGCCUGCACGAACACCUUACCGGCGAGGCGAAACAGUCGGUGCGAGACCUGCUCAUCUUUCCGGCCACCCUGGAGGAGGCGAUCAAAGCGCUGAAGCAACGGUUCGGCCGACCGGAGCUGCUCGUGGGCAGUUUGCUGGAGCGACUACGCCAGCUGCCCGCCCCGAAGGAAGACCAGCCGCGGACGGUUAUGAACUUUGGCUUUGCCGUGUCGGACACAUGCCGUGCGAUAAAGUCGCUCGGGCGCCGUGAGUAUCUGAACGACUAUCAGCUGAAGCAGGAUCUGGUCCGGAAGCUGCCGCCCACGAACCAGCUGCAGUGGUUCCGGUUUGUGGGAGCGAGAACGCUGUUUCACGCGACACUGGAUCAUCUGAGCGAGUUUCUGCGGCUGAUCGCGUUAGAUAUUAGUGAGCUGGAGCCGUACCGACCGAAACCUAGCAAGCGCAAUGGAGGAGGGAAAAAGAAGUCUAAUCGAAAUGGUAAUGGUGAUUAGAAGGAAAAGCGGGACAUUUGAUUGAAAUCACGCCGUAAGGUAACAUGUUAUGAGGUUUUGAGGUGGUUUUAAGCCGCAUUUUUACGAUCACGAGAAGGAAUUGAAACGAACGUUUUGUUAUCGUUUGCCAGUUAGUUGAACUUAAUUUUAUAUGCAUUCCCACAUAAUGUGAAUUGAGUUUACGCGGAUGUGUGUAAACCCCGUAUGAGAAUAAAAUGAAGUAUACGAACUCAU